CCAUAUCCUCUUGAACACGGAAGUGAGUUCAGUCUGCAUAGGUUGUUUGAGGAAUACUCAUUGUCUUGACCAAAGUAAUCUGUAGCAAUGGGAAAGCAUGGAAAACACGGACAUUAUAGAAGGAGUAGUAGCAGUUCUUCAAGCUCCAGUGAUGAUGAACGUGACCCCUAUAAAAGGCAAAAGAAGGAACAGAAAAGAAUACAGAAACUGAUAAAGAAGGGCAAACUACCAGUGGGAUUUGUUGGUCCGCUUCCACCACAGUACCAGAAGAUAUCUAAGAAAGGCUAUGGGUAUCCUCAGGGAGUACCAGGUGGGUACCCUGCACCUGGUGGGUACCCUGCCCCAGGAGGCUAUCCUAUGGGUUCCCAAGCCCCACCCCCAGCAGCAGGGUAUAACCCUCCACCCCCAGGAAUGGCCUAUCCACCCCAGCCUGGCAUGGCAGGAGGAGCUUACCCGCCACCCCCAGUUGCAUACCCACCUCCAGCAGGUGGAGCACCACCCUUCUCUGCACCUCCACAGCAACCAUAUCCUGGGCAGCAGCCAUAUCCUGGGCAACAGCCGUNGCAGGAAAAUACUACUUUUCUUGUGAGUUCCUAA